CCCAGGACUCAGCAUGCCAUGACGCCGCGCUGCCUUCUGUGCCUCCUCGCCGCCCUGCUCGAGGCAACCACUUCCUCCAGCGCCUUCGGCAGGCUCUCUAACAACCCGCCCAUCGUGUACGAUUCACCGCCCACCUUUGCCCGCACAAGGCCUGGCUGCUGCUGCCGACGAUGACGGGGCCUCCGCCUCUCCCUCGAACCUUCUUGACCUCCUCAAAAUGGCCUCCAGCAUUCACCGCGGUGAGGACCUCCUCCAGAGUCUCCCGUCCUUGGAGCCCACCGGAAGUGCCCUUUCCUUCGGCCUCAGCCAGACCUUGGGGCCUUUUGGCGGUGCUAACAGGCUGGGUUUGGCGGGUGACAGGAUCCCCCCCACGUCUAGCCUCACAGGAACCCGGGAGCUUCUGAGGAACCUUCUUCGGGAACCCGAUUCAACCCGCAACAGGAGACCCUCUGAGCAACAGAGCCACAUGCCCUGGGCUGACCUCACUCGGCUUCCCUCUCCUUCCGUCGACGGCAGGCUGGCUUCCGUGGGCAUUCAGCCCCCCCUCCUCGUUCACCGCCCCUCGUCUGCCGUGGAUCCUCCUUCCCACUUUCGAGGCGGCUUCCAGCAGCAACCUGACCACAAAGACCUCCAACAAGGGAAUCACAAUCCUUCUCUUCCCGCGGCCAUUGAGGGAGGACAUGGCAGGCACCGAGGUCGCCCUCCCCAACAGGGAUCACACACCCAGGAACUCAGCCGCCACAAAACCAGCAGUCACGAUAUGUCAUCCUUCGUGUCUUCGCAGCUUUUACCUACCUCACACCCUCCUCUUUCGCUCCCGCCCCAACAUAAUGUCGGCUCCGUGUUCCCGCAGUAUCCCUCUUUUACUGAGAAGGCCCAGAGCUCCAGCAGGAACCAGGCCACAGGGUUGAUUAGAAACGAAUCUCUACCAAACAUUCACCCUGACUCCGUUCCCCGCAAGGACGCCUCUCAGAGCGAGCAGCGGCUUGAUCGUAUCGCCGCCUCUUCCAGCGGGGGCGCGAAGGAACCGGUACUGCCUCUCCGUCCACCUAUAAUGUACAGAUACGACCCUUCUGACAGAGGGCGUGAUCGAGACUCAUUUUUCAUCAACACCGACGAUACGAUAUCAAGAAAAAAAAAUUCCACGACACUUACCACUGAAACAAGGGAUUUUGACGAUACAACGACUCCAAAUAUUCUCGCCCAUGAUGUUCCGUUAGAUACUGCAUUCGCCUCCACACCCGGAGGAUCUCCUGAUGGCAUGCCAACCGAAUAUUCCAAUGAUCUUCCCACCAGUAAGAUACAGCCUAUCAUUCUUACGAACACGAAGCCCGCCAGUGCUCCUUUAGGGACUAGAUAUCCUGACAUAGUUUCUUCUUCGAAUAAGGAUUUCCCUUUUAGAAACAGAACACACGAAGUGCAUGCUUCCAGCAACGCGACCACAGAGUCUCACAUUACCAAGUCUGGACCUGCAAACUUCCUUUCUAGCAUGGCCACAAAGGCAAGGCCGCCCGACGCCGCCACAGGCAUAGACCAGCCUCAAGCGAGUGCCAGAGAAGAUUCCUCACAGGGAGAGAGAGAGGCUACAUCUGGAGACGUCGAUUUUAUCAUCGACGGGGCCGCGGAACCACCGACUCCAAGAGCCUUAGUCCACAUUGAUUCCUACGACGCUGAGUGGACCGAGUUUCCUCUCACAGAAACUGUUUCUCCUCGCCAUGCAGUACGACCGUUUGAAAAUGGGAGAGAUUCUUCUGGAUUCACUCCUUCCAUCGCUACCUUGGCGAAGCAGGCCUCUCAUCCCGCAUCGCAGAGUUUUGUCGAUAUGGCCGACAUUCAAACAUCGAUUUAUCCUUCAAACGCCGCCAGUACCUCGGGACAGCAGUUGAAAGGCUUUCCUCCAAAAGUCGACGACAAGCUACAAGCUAAUGCUUACUGGACGCACCUCGACGCCCCUUGGGUGUCGACUCUCCGAGGACACUUUGCAUCCAACGUCACGAAAUCGAGCCGCGAAAGAGAGAAAGAAUUACUUAUCCUACCGCCCAGCGCUUUCCAGCCUCCGGACUAUAGCAGUUCCGACGAAGUUCCCAACAUCAAGGGACGCAUCAGCGACGUCGACGCUUACAGAAACCCUUUCAGGGCUUCAGUCAAAGAUGGCCGAAGGCUCGACGGCUCAUGGCCUUUGGGCGUCCUUACAAGCGCCACGAGGAGGUACACAGGCGACGACGAGCGAGGUGUGGAUGGCGGUCCAGCAGAAUCCUCCGACACCCUACCUGUCGGCGACAUCUACGGCAGCAGCAAGAAAGGAAAUCUCAUCGAACUUCCUGACGAGUCGACGCAAAACAAAAGCGGCGUACUUAGCUGGUGGUACAAGACCUAUAACCACUCUUUCUAACCAAUAUCUCCUUGGUCUUUACAUGCGAAUUUGAUCUACUCACUGACUGCCUUCACCUGCUGCAGUUGUCGCGAGGGAUAAGCAACGGGAAGCACCCGCAGCGACUUGCUACCCCAUUCACCGUCUUAACAAGCUGAUCUGAAAGCAGUCGAUGAUCUUGCUAAAUAUACAUUUUCCGUCCGAAACAAAACCUCUGUUGUUCCCGAGUUCAACUGAGCCUCAGAAUCACGUGGCGGGGAUUAGCUCGCGGUCGGAGUGUUUCCUCAACUGCGUCUCUAUCAUCGCGCGUCGGCAGAUUGAUAAUCGCAGUCGGAUAAAGCCUCUUUGUUCCCGAAUUUUCACUUGUUGGACAUUGGGGAACAGAGGUCUCGUGUGUGUACGCACACAUUUAUGCAUGUAUAUGGAUAUACAUACAUACAUACAU